CUGUAAUCGCUCACGAAUGUAAACAAAAUAAAAUCUCUUUCCCCCUUUCUCUUUAUCUAUCUCUUUCUCCAACUUUUUCAUUUCAAACCUCUCUCUCCAUUUAAUGGAGCAAUCUGAGAGCUCAAUGACCCACGUUCGUCAGCAGCAUCAAGAGCACGAAGAAGAACCAAACGGGUCAUCAAACACGACCCAUCACUUAACGGUUCCACCCGGUUUGACACCAGAAGAAUUCGAUGAGCUAAAAUCAAGUGUCACUGAGUUCCACACCUACCGAGUCAACUCAGCCACACAAUGCUCUUCACUACUCGCACAACGCAUCCACGCGCCGCCGCACAUCGUCUGGUCCGUCGUCCGCCGUUUCGACAAACCCCAGAUAUACAAACACUUCAUCAAAAGCUGUUCCGUCGGAGAAAACUUUUCCAUCGUCGUGGGUGCCACGCGCGACGUCAACGUCAUCUCCGGUUUACCGGCGGAUACAAGUACUGAGAGGCUUGAUAUUUUGGAUGAUGAAAAGUACGUUACGGGUUUCAGUAUAAUUGGUGGGGAACAUAGAUUGAGGAAUUACAGGUCAGUUACUACUGUACAUGGAUUCGAUCAACAACUCGAUGGGAAAAUCUUGACCGUUGUUUUGGAAUCUUACGUUGUUGAUGUGCCUGAAGGGAAUACUGAAGAAGACACUCGUCUUUUUGCUGAUACUGUCGUCAAGUUGAAUCUUCAGAAGUUGGGCUCCGUCGCUGAAGCUAUUGCUCGUGGAGGCAACGGUGUCGUUUCAGAAAACUGAAAAGACGAUACAGCAAGAAUGUUAUACACCGUAUACUAAUAUGGAGAUGAAGGUUGAUUGUUGAAGAUGUUGCAUUGCUCUUUGUAGUGGAGAUUCAACGUUUGCUUCCUAGUUUCCAUAUUAAUUUAAAUUUACUUAAUCACUUGCCUUUGUACUUUGAAAGAAGAGUCUAUGAAUACAAUGCCAUUGCAAGAUUCUGCUCA